GUGCUCCACCUCACCAGCACCACACCGUGGUCCUCCCCUCCCCAACCACUUCGCCCCACUUUCCCCCUCCCUUAAAGUUGCCUCCAGGCCCAGCAAACCCUAGUUCGCCUCUCCUCUUCCUCCCUCUUGCAGCCGCCACUAUCUCCUCUUCUCCCUACCUUCCCUUUUUCUCCCUGGGAACGAAGGAGAAACCCCACAGCACCUCUCCAUGUCGCCAUGGCGCCGACGCGGUAGGCCGCCCCUCGCCAAGCUGAAGCCACCAGAAGAUGCGCCGUGUCAUUCUCUCCAUCCUCAUGCAAGGAAUCGAGCCAAGACCCCGUUAAUCGAGCUCAAGAUCGCCGAUACCCAACUCCGACAGCCGGUGCAUCCCCGACGCCAUCUGUCUCGUCCCGGUUCGCCCCCCUCCGACGAAGCCAUGGUCGACCAGGGACUCCGCCAUGGCCGUGUCUGCCCGAGCUUCGCCUCUGCUUGUUUCUUUUUUGUUCCGCGCCUUCCUCCUAUCAACAUAGCAAGUAGCAGCUUAGUGAUCCCGCGGAGAGAGACACUUCUUUUGACGAGGAGCCUUCCCAGUAUCGACAUCAGCAACCGUAGCCCAGAUGGUCCGUUCCUAUGUUCAGCUUGUGGAGAUUAUCUGGCGUCCCAUGGGCCGGUCCAAUCUCCCUCACGCCUCAGCCCAUCGCGCACGCGCGCCCAGCCACGGUCCGCCGCCGCCUCGGCCAGCAUUUGCUUCUUCCCGGAUAGGAAUGCGAAGUGGUGUUGUGAGAUACGACAAGUUCUCCGGAUGUCCCUCGGCAAGCUUUAACAAGCAAGCAUUUCCCUUAUACUCCUGCCCCUGCAGAAGUCGCUCAACUAUUUUAUUUUGCCUUCUCUCUCAUGCUAUCCUUAAGUUGCGUUCUUGUCACGUGUCCUUUCCACUUGUUACCUCAAGCAGCCCAUAUUGCCACCACCACCUCCUACGACUAUUGUUUGGUUAUCGAGUCUGCCCUUGCGAGUCGUAGUGCAUGCUAGUGUUGUUUUAUCUCGUUACCGUUAUUGUUAUCUUAUUGGGUUAUAUGUUGGGAAGAAUCAUGGUUACUUUA